GCGUAUAAAAUCUCCGGCCCGGUCCGGCAGCACCCCACCCCAUCGCUCUCACGCGCUUCGUGCUCGCCGCCUCCCCUCCCCUCCCCUCCUCUCCCCUCGCGUGCGUGCCCAUGGCAUCCAUCGCCAGAUCCGCCCUCUCCUUCGCCAGGCCCGUCAAGGCAACCAACACGAACUCACUCUCUUUCUCCCCUGUGAGGAAGGGUAAUGCAUUCCUCCGCAUGCAGCCAGUGCCGAUGAGAUUUGCUGCUUGCUGCGCGGCCAAAAAGGAUACAGUGGACAAGGUUUGUGAAAUUGUGAAGAAGCAGCUUGCUCUUGCUGACGACACUGAAGUUUCUGGUGCCUCUAAGUUCUCCGAACUUGGUGCUGAUUCACUGGAUACGGUUGAGAUCGUGAUGGGCCUCGAGGAGGAGUUCAAGAUCAGCGUGGAAGAGUCGAGCGCGCAGUCAAUCGCGACAGUUGAAGAUGCUGCUGAGCUCAUCGACAAGCUUGUUGCUGAAAAAUAAGUCAAAAGGCAUAACAUUGGAAGCUGUAAUCUAGUUCUAUCUUGGCUCUACCCACGAUCUAGGUUUCUAUGCUCUGAAGGCUUGGUGAUUUUCUCCGGACCGUUGUUCCCCUUGUCGUAAUAAUACCGAGAUAUUUUAAGCUGUUGAACAUUCCGGUGGUGUAUUCUGUUGCUUCUGAGGUGCAUAUUGUUGUAUGAAUUGUGACUUCCCGGAAGAAAAGUCCGGGGGCAUGACACUACUACCAGAAAUUCGUCGUGUUCUUGUCA